CCAGCCAUUGAGUGGGUCUAUCCUUGCAUUGUAUACCAUAUGGUAACUUAUUCUUAAAGUUUAAAUUACUGGAUCUGAAAAGGAGUCAAUUUUAAAAUCUACUCAAUAGUAACAAAAGAGGUUACCAGGAGAACGUGGGCUUAGUUAAAGGAGGAAUGAUUAAACCUACAAGAAAGAGAAUCCUUUAUUUUUGACCAAGAUCUGCUGCUGUCAUAGCAGACCCGAGCAGUCAGCCUGUAUCAACUGCUUUUUGGAUGAGAUCCAGGCACAAUGAGUUUGCAGGAGAAUGGGGUGAACAGUCACUGCUCAAUUUGUGGAGACAAAGCAACAGGCAAACAUUACGGGGCAUCAAGCUGUGAUGGCUGCAAGGGCUUUUUUCGCCGGAGUAUUAGGAAAAGCCAUGUUUAUUCUUGUAGGUUUAACCGUCAAUGUGUCAUUGACAAAGACAAGAGGAAUCAGUGCAGAUUUUGCAGACUACACAAAUGUUUUCGGGCUGGAAUGAAAAAAGAAGCUGUCCAAAAUGAAAGAGAUCGUAUAAGCUCAAGAAGAAGCACAUAUGAGAAUAACAGCUUGCCCUCUAUCACUGCACUGGCUCAAGCGGAGACUCUUUCCCAGCAGAUCAGUGUGCCAAGCCCAGAUGUAUCCACAGAUAUUUCAUCAAAGAAAAUAGCCACUCUCAGUGAUAUCUGUGAAUCUAUGAAGCAGCAACUUUUGGUUUUAGUGGAAUGGGCAAAAUACAUCCCAGCAUUCUGUGAAUUGCCCUUAGAUGAUCAGGUUUGCCUCCUAAGAGCACAUGCAGGAGAACAUUUAGUCCUCGGCGUAGCAAAGAGAUCUACCCCGUUUAAAGAUGUCCUGUUGCUUGGUAAUGAUUGUGUAAUCCAUCGAAAUUGUCCUGAAAUUGAGAUAAGCCGUGUGGCAAACCGGAUUUUGGAUGAACUGGUUGUCCCGUUUCAAGAUAUUCUCAUUGACGACAAUGAGUAUGCUUCUCUAAAGGCGAUUGUUUUCUUUGACCCAGAUGCUAAGAGUUUUAGUAACCCCAACAAAAUAAAACAUAUGAGAUACCAGGUGCAGGUCAGCUUGGAAGAUUAUAUCAAUGACCGGCAGUAUGAUUCCAGAGGGAGAUUUGGAGAGCUGCUCCUGCUCCUGCCAACACUGCAGAGCAUUACUUGGCAAAUGAUUGAGCAAAUUCAGUUUGUCAAGCUCUUUGGAAUGGUAAAAAUCGACAACUUGUUACAGGAAAUGCUUCUUGGAGGGUCAGUUAAUGAGACAGCUCAUCUGCAUCACCCAGUGCAUCCUCAGCUGGCCCAGGAUCCUGUAACAGGCCACACCAUUGUACUGAGUACAAUACCGGCGCCUGUCCACGCCGAACAGAUUUCUACACCAGAAACACCAUUGCCAUCACCGCCACAGGGAUCUGGACAAGACCAGUAUAAAGUUCCUACCACUCAGCCUUUGUUGAUCUCUGGACUUUCCAAACAGAAAGCCUUAUGAUCGAACAAUAUUUGCAGAACCCCUCAGGAUCCAGUGCCAAACUUUGACCAUUUACACUCAGGACUCGACUGAUUCAGGAUGGCUGACAAUUUCUCAAAAGACCAGACAAUCAACAAAUUUCAGUAUCUUUGUUUCCGGGUCCACGAAAACAAAUGAGGAUGCUCCUUUGUUAAUUUAAUGUGAAUUUUUUAAAAGUUGUUGUGAUGCUUGAUUUAGAUUUUAAUGUAUGAAUGAAUCAUUACGCAGUUUGAAUUGUAAACUUCUGCACUGGCUUUAAACAAACUUCUACAAUUGACAUAUACGGGAUCUGCUUAAAGAAUACUUAUUUUAUUACUUGUGUAGAUUUUCUUUGCUUAAACUUUAAAACACAUGCAUGAAAUUUGCCCAAUCAAUGUAUCAUUUGUGUUGGUUGAUGUGUUUAUUUUUUUUCAUAAAGUGGAAAACUAAAUCCAUACAUUUACACUGAAGUUAUGGAUUUAAACAAAAAAACAAAAUCUUUAAUAAAUAUGGUGGAAACAAACUCAAAAAUGACCAAAUUAGAGCAAUCAGACUGAAAAAGAAUGAAAUUAAAUCCACAAAAGCAAACUAUAUGGAAUAAUACUGAACAUAGUAUAGUAAUCACCAUUGCCUUAGAUUUAUUUAUUGUUCUUUUAAUUGGAAUAUGUGAAGAGUCAUGUUAUUGAAUGUUGUGUUAUGUUAUAUUAGUUAUGCGUAGUCUGCAGUGGUACUGUACUCAGACCAUGGACGAUUUUCUCCUUGCACCCAUUACCGUCCUCGAAAAAUCGAAUUCAGAAAAUGGAAUGGUGGAUUCAAGAAAAUGGAGUUAUGGGGAACAGUUGAAAACAUAAAUAAUGUACAUGAAUACACUAAAAACACGUGUAUCACUUUGCUAAACCUGCUUAAUGCUAUUUUAGGGCCAAAGCCUAUCCUGGCAGCAAUGGGCACAAGGAAGAAAUCAAAUCAACAUUUUUUUAGCUAAUGCUUUCAAAAAAAGGAAAAAAUGAUGGUGUGCUUCAUCUCAAUGUAAAGGAUGUGGAAUUGACUAAUAAUUUAUAUUCCUGAAAAUGUAGUCUUAUACAUUAAACUCCAAGUGCCCCAAAGCUUGAGUGCACCUGACUUAUGGCACCCAAAGGAGGGUCCGAUGUCUCCCAAGACACUUAAUGCUGUUAUUAGCAGGUUUUCUUCUUAAGUACCCUCUAAUUGCCCAUCAUUGGUACGUCUUUAAACCUUUUCUGUAUUUUUAGUUUAAAAAAGCAUGCACUGUUGCAAUAAUUGUAUAUAUGAAAUGUAUAUUCAAAUCAUGGAUAAUUUAUUUGUAAUGAAAUCACUUAUUUUAUAGGCAGUCAAUAUUUUUGUAAGAUAAUUGAAAUUAAUCAAAAAUGUUCUUUUCUGUUUGUAAGAACCGUUUUUACUGCUGUUAACCUCAAUGUAGAAGGAAAUGUUCUGUAUAUAAAGUUAUGUUUGAAUGUUAGAAAAAGAAAAGUGGAUUGCCUCCUUGUGGCUGCGUUUGUCCCAAAUUACCAAACUUUUAGUUUGCAGCUUUUAGUUUACUUCAUAGGACAGUUCUGGCAGUAGUGUGACACAUUUUCAAAUAAUUCCACAGACCAAAUAUCUUUGUUUUAAAAGUUUUAGUAAAGUUUUGAAGCAAAUCAAUUCACCCAAAAAUAGAGGAAAAAUCGAUAUCGAAGAAAUGAAAAGUUCUUGUUUAAAAAAGGUUCUGUUUAAGGCUUACUUGUCUUGUUUCAUGUUUCUCUGAGUUUGAUCAAACUUUGAAAUGUUCAUAUUAAAAACAGAAAACUGUUUGCCAAACUGC